AUGUCUGAUUACGAUUUCGAACAAGAAUACAACUCUGAUUAUGAAGAUAUACAGCCACAACAAGAAGAAGUUGCUGAAGAUGGAAGAACUAUAGUUAACGGUGGUACUGGUGCUGAUGAUUUCCAACAUGAACAAGCUAGAAGAAAAACCACUAGAGAAUUAGCUAUUAAAAAGGAAGAUAGAACUACAACCCCAUAUAUGACUAAAUAUGAAAGAGCAAGAAUCUUAGGUACAAGAGCUUUACAAAUAUCUAUGAAUGCACCUGUAUUAGUUGAUUUGGAAGGUGAAACUGAUCCUUUACAAAUUGCUAUUAAAGAAUUAUCUCAAAAUAAAAUCCCAUUGGUGAUUAGAAGAUAUCUACCUGAUGGAAGUUAUGAAGAUUGGGGUUGUGAUGAAUUAAUUGUUGAUAUUGAUGUUUGA